UCUAUAUCUUUGACUGCAUCCGUCCAUCUCCAUCCCGGGUAGCUGUCGCCGGUCGCCCCGUCGACUCCUUCCGUCCUCGUCUCCUUCCUCCUUUUUACGUCGAGGGGCCUGACAAGCUGACACACACUUGCUGUGUUCGGGAAGGCCGCAUCAUGGCUAGAGCCCCGGCCCCGCUGCUGCUCCUCGCGCUGCUGGCCGCCCUCGCCGCGGCCGCCGGCGCAAAUGCGGCCGGGAGGAAGAUGGUCGGCGUGUACGAGCUCCGGAAGGGCGAUUUCUCCGUCAAGGUCACCAAUUGGGGCGCCACGCUCACCUCCGUCGUCCUGCCGGACUGUAAAGGGAAUCUGGCUGACGUUGUCCUCGGCUAUGACACCAUUGCUGAUUACGUGAAUGGCAGUAAUUAUUUUGGAGCGCUCGUCGGCCGCGUAGCCAACAGGGUAGCUAACGCGCGAUUUGUGCUCGAUGGAAAAGUCUAUCAUCUGGUCCCUAACGAUGGCAAGAAUGCCCUCCACGGUGGUAAGAGGGGGUUCAGCAAGGUUAUUUGGACUGUGAAGGACUAUGUCGGUGGCGGUGACUCCCCGUACAUCACGUUGUACUACCACAGCUUCGACGGCGAAGAAGGGUUCCCCGGCGACCUGGACGUGUACGUGACGUACCGGCUGUUGGGCCGCUACGAGCUGAGCCUGCACAUGAACGCGACGGCGCUGGACAAGGCGACGCCGGUGAACCUUGCGAACCACGCGUACUGGAACCUAGCCGGGCAGGGCCGCGGCGACAUCCUCGGCCACACCGUGCAGCUGUUCGCGUCGCGGUACACGCCCGUGGACGGCGCCCUGAUCCCGACGGGCGCGGUGGUGCCCGUGGCCGGCACGCCCUACGACCUCCGCGCGCCGACGCCCGUGGGCGCGCACGUCCGCGCGAUCUACGGCGGCAAGGCCGGGAUCUACGGGUACGACACCAACUACGCCGUGGACGGGGGCGCCGGGGCGGCGGCGCUGCGGAAGGUGGCCGUGGUCCGGGACGGCGGCGGGUCCGGGAGGGCGAUGGAGCUGUGGGCGAACCAGCCCGGGGUGCAGUUCUACACGGGCAACUUCCUCAAGGACGUCAAGGGGAAGGGCGGGAAGGUGUACGGGCAGUACGGGGCGCUGUGCCUGGAGACGCAGGGGUUCCCCGACGCCGUGAACCACCCCAACUUCCCCUCGCAGAUCGUCAGGCCCGGGCAGGUGUACAGGCACGACAUGGUCUUCAAGUUCUCGUUCUAGCUGGCUGCUGUACUAUCGAGACGACUGUCACCUGGGAGCUGAGAGCCUGAGAGGCUGAGACACAAUAAAAAUAUCUGAUCUGAAGUCAAUUUGCAAAUACUAAUGUUUUAUCGCCGAGA